AUGUUUGGAAGAGCACCUAAGAAAAGUAAUAACACGAAGUACUAUGAAGUCCUUGGAAUAGCUAAGAAUGCUUCUCCUGAAGAUGUGAAGAAAGCUUAUAGAAAGGCUGCGAUUAAGCAUCAUCCUGACAAAGGUGGAGAUCCAGAGAAGUUUAAGGAGCUGGGACAGGCUUAUACGGUUUUGAGUGACCCAAAGACACGUGAAAUCUAUGAUCAGUAUGGUGAGGAUGCAGUUAAGGAAGGAAUGCAAGGUGAUGCAGCUGACGCUCACGACCCCUUUGAUAUUUUCACGAGAUUCUUUGGGGGAGGAAUGGGUGGCGGGCAAGGAGGAAAAAGGCAGAGGAGGGGUGAAGAUGCUGUGCAUCACUUGAUGGUAUCUCUGGAGGAUCUUUACAGUGGAACUACGAAGAAACUGUCCCUCUCCCGCAGUGUAAUUUGCUCCAAGUGUACUGGCAAGGGCACGAAAUCUGGUGCUUCAGAAAUGUGUUUUGGUUGCCAAGGUUCUGGUAUGAAAGUAUCUAUUAGGCACUUAGGUCCUAGUAUGAUCCAGCAGAUGCAGCAUCCGUGUGAUGAGUGUAAGGGUACAGGAGAAACCAUCAGCCAGAAGGACCGCUGCCCUCAAUGCAAAGGUGACAAGGUUGUCAACGAGAAGAAGGUGCUGGAAGUGCAUGUUGAGAAGGGAAUGCAGAACGGACAGAAAAUCAAAUUCCGUGGACAGGCCGAUGAAGCUCCAGACACUGACACAGGGGAUAUAGUCUUUGUGGUGACACAGAAGGCUCAUCCCAAGUUUAAGAGACAGGGUGAUGAUUUGUUUGUGGAGCACAAAUUGUCCCUGACCGAAGCCCUCUGCGGAUUUCAGUUUGCACUGACCCACCUUGAUGGUAGACAGCUCCUCAUCAAGACUAACACUGGGGAAGUCAUCAAGCCUGAUUCAUUCAAGGCAGUAAAUGAUGAAGGGAUGCCCAUGUAUGACAGAUCAUUUAUGAAGGGUAGAUUGUAUAUCCAAUUCACUCUGGAAUUCCCAGAGUCAUUGACAGCGGAGCAGUGCAAAGCUUUGGAAGGUGUCCUACCACCAAGGAAAUCGCCACAACCGAAAGGCACGGAAAUUGAUGAGUGUGAGGAGACUACUCUUCAUGAUGUGAGCAUUGAGGAGGAAAUGGCGAGGAAAUAUGCUCAAUACCAAGCUGAAGCUCGAGCUCGAGCUCAAGAGGCAUACAAUGAAGAUGAUGAAAUGCGUCCUCAGUGCGCACAACAAUAG